AUGGACCAGCACCCGUCGCCGCCCCUGGGCUCGCCGAGAGGACGUGCCCGUGGCUUCUCGUUCCGGAGCGACAAGAGCGGUGCCUCGCGCGACAAGGGAGGUCCGGCGGAAAGUCCGCAGGACAAAGCUCGCCGGGAUAGUAUCUGGAAGGGUUCAAGCAAAGCUAACCCCAACGCUGCGUUGGAGGAAAAGCAGCCUGCCUUGCUCAAUGUUACCGAGAAGUCAACGCUGCAGUCGCUGCGAGACUACCAACAUCUGGACGUCAACGGCAACGUCAUAGUUGAUCCGGACCUUUCCAACCCUACCAGACCUCGACUGGAAAGGCCGCUUGACACUAUCCGAUCGUUUGAGAAGGCUAUUGACAAUGGCUACAAGAGACGGUCUUCAUACAUACGUUCGGAUUCUUUCGAACAGAACAACCAAUAUGCCAGCAGGAGGAGUAGCUACUUCGGUGGUAAGUUCAAGCACUCCAACCGCCAUUCCGCCAUGAUGAGCGGUGGGGGCGGCUACUACGGUGACGGCCGGCGCGAGAGCUAUAUGAACAACGGCUACGGACCGCCUAGGAUGCGGAACGGUAACCGGAUGGCUUCGGAGGGCGCGAUCCCGCAUCAAAGACCGUACCCACAGCACGGUUACCAUCAAAGCCAGGACACGAUGAACACCGGCGUCACCAACGGCUCCGAUAGUACCGGUCCAUGGGCGAGCAACACCGACCCGAGUAGCGAGAACAGCUCCAUCGACCGCAACAUGGUUGGCGCGGGCAAGCCGGGGGAUCAGCAGUGGCCUCAACAGAACGGCUACGUAUCGAAUGGUUAUGGAUCUAAUCCUCCGAUUAUGGAGGAGGGUGGUAGCGCGUAUGGUGGGCCUGUUCAGGCGCCCAAUGGACCUCGCCGCCCAAUCCCGCUUGGCAACUCGGGUGACGCUCCUAUUUCGCCACCUGGCAAGCUGCCCUCUGUGGCGAGAGCGGAGCCGGAGAAGAAGAAAGGCUGGCUCAAGCGGAGAUUCAGUAAGAAGGAUUGA